AUGAUAAAACCGCUGCUGUCACGAUCUCUGCCAUCAAGAGUUCUCUUGAGACGAUUUGCUACUGGUCCUACUCCGAAGCAAACUUCAUCUAAAAGGUUCAAACUGACUAAAAAGAGAAUUGUUCUGGGAUCAAUAGUCGGAGCGGGAGUGGUUUAUUACAAGAUAAAUGACACGGCUCACGAUGUGCUGAGACACGUCUUUUUGACAUCUAGAAGAAUUGGAGUCGUUGCAUUGGCCACGAUACGGUGCUUCCAUUAUUACAAGAAAACUCUAGAUGCCAAGUAUGAGACCCCAGAGGAGCGUCGGAAGGCAUUGGAUGCAUGCCACCAAUGCUGUGCCGAUAUCACUCUACGUGCGUUACAAACCAAUGGCGGUGUUUUCAUCAAACUCGGCCAGCAUAUUGGCUCGAUGACCUACAUGUUGCCGCCUGAAUGGACGAACACCAUGAUUCCGUUGCAGGAUCAGUGUCCUGAGUCCACUUUCGAAGAGAUAAAUGAUAUGUUCAAGCAGGACCUGAAGAUAAACAUUGAUGAAAUGUUCUCGGAGUUUGACCCUAAGCCAAUCGGCGUGGCCUCCCUGGCGCAGGUUCAUGUAGCCAAACUGCGGGACACUGAUCAGAUGGUCGCGGUCAAAUGUCAGCAUCCUUCCUUGAAGGAAUUUGUGCCGCUAGAUGUGAUGCUGACGCAGACUGUGUUUAACUUGAUGGACAUAGUUUUUCCCGAGUAUCCCUUGCUUUGGUUGGGAGACGAGUUGCAAUCGUCGAUUUUCGUCGAGCUGGACUUCACCAAGGAAGCCAGAAAUGCUAUCUCCAGUGCAGAAUUGUUCUCGAAGUCCAAAGCGGAGACCGCGCUCAUCAUUCCAAAAGUCGUCAGUGCCAACCGAAGGAUACUCGUAAUGGAGUACAUCAAGGGGAGCAGGCUUGACGAUUUAAAGUUUCUGGACAGUCAUAAAAUCUCCAGGGCCGAAGUAUCAGUUUGCCUGUCGCACAUCUUCAACAAGAUGAUCUUCACGCCAAAUGCAGGUCUCCAUUGUGAUCCUCACGGCGGUAAUCUAGCCAUCCGCCCGAGUAAGCCUUCUUCCGCUAAUCCGCAUAAUUUCGAGAUAGUCCUAUAUGACCACGGUCUCUAUAGAUUUCCCACUACCCAGACGAGAAGAGACUACGCGCACUUUUGGCUGGCAUUGCUCGACCAUGAUAGGGAGGCAAUGAAGUUCUACGCAAAAAGAUUUGCUCACAUUACCGACGACCAGUUCCCUUUGCUUGCUGCGGCUAUUACCGGACGAAGCAUCGACACGGCUUUAAACUUCGAUAUCUCCAAGCGUCGGAGCAACGAAGAAAUUGAAACAAUGGCUGCGGGGCUAAUGCACGGCUCUGUCCUAGUCGAUUUAAUGGGUCUUCUGGCGAGAAUACCAGGCGUUGUACUGUUGAUCUUGAAGACAAAUGACCUCACAAGACAUCUGGACGAAUGUCUGCAAAGCCCGCUCGGUCCCGAGAGGACCUUCCUGAUUAUGACGCAGUAUUGUGCUCGAAUGGUCUACGACGAAACUUGCGAGCUCAUCAGCAAUCAAUACUCCAAGUGGUCCCUGACAUGGCUCCUCAAGGAACUGAAGGCGUGGUUUGAAUAUGAAAAACGCAAGAAUCAGCUGGUCCUGUAUGACAUUGCCUUGUGGUGGAAAGGAAAGCCAAAUCUAAAAACCUGA